CAUGAGAUAUUUUGCUAACAGAGUCAAACAGGAACUCUCAUUCUUUGAUGUAUUUUCAGAGUAAAGUUCAUAAUUUGGACAUUUUAUUUUGUAGUUUGGGCUGCAUCRGGCUCGCUGGUUCUGCUGAGCUUAUCAGUCGGCUCCAGGCUCAUCUGGACCAUUUCAGAAAACCGACUGAAGCUGAAACACUUGGAGCUGAAGCUGCAAUAGAGAAGAAAGAAUUUAAGAUGGCCUUGAGCGUGGCCGACAGAGCCGUCGGGGCCGUGAUCGGAGCCGCCGUGGCRGACGCUGCAGCUCAGCCCAUGCACUGGAUCUACAAUCCAGACCGGCUGAAAGAGGUUCUCUCAGAUCUGGAGCCCUGUCCGGAGUUUCGACCCGAGUCGGCCAAUCCGUUUUACCGGAGGACAACAGGCGAGCAGACCUGCUACGGGGACCAGGCCUACGUCCUGCUGGACUCUCUAAGUCGGUGUGGAGGAGUGGAUGUCAAAGACCUGACCAGGCGCUUCUACGAGUUCUUUGGGCCGGGGACCGUGUACGACCUGCCGCUGAACGAUCCCUACAGGAAGAGAGGAGGUCCCAAAGCCGUUCUUCCCAUCGAUGGCCCUUGGAGAAAUGCCAGCCUGAAGGCUUUCAUCAGAAACGUUGAUGCUGGCAGAGAGGAAACAGGCUGCGACGUGGACCGUCAGAUGGACGGCGUGACGAAGCUCGCUCCAGUGGUGGCCAUGUUGGCUGGGAGAGCCGAGAUGUUGGAGGAAGUGGAGAAGGUCGUACGUGUGACGCAGAACGAUGACCUGUGCGUGGCCGUUACUCUGGCUGCUGCCAGGUUUCUGGAACAUUUCAUCCUGAACGGUCCCGAUCCAAACGUUCUGGAUGCGGUUCUCGCUCAGCUGAAUGACCCCAGAAGGCGGAACCCCCAGGAGCUGGACCAGGCUGUUGUUGCACAUGUCCACCAGGUGAGGGACACCUUGUCCAAAGCGUCCCAUCAGCUGCUCCCCGCUGCGUUCACCGACACUUGAGCUUUGCCCGGUGCGUUCCAGGCAGCGCUUCACGGAGUCCUGACCCAGAACCGGCUGGACGAGGCCGUGAGGGACACCAUGCGGCGCGGGGGGUGCACCGCCAGCCGAGCCUCCUUCAUGGGCGCCUGCUUCGGGGCGCAGACCGGUCUUCAGGGAGUCCCAGAGUCCUGGAGGAAGAGGAKCCUCAGAUACCCUCUGCUGUUGGAGCUGGCUGAAAAUGUGGCUAAAAACCACCUAGCAGCUGGAGUUUAGCUUACAUUUAGCCACGAGCAGUUUUUUGAGUCUGUAUGUGUUUACUCAAACUGAUGAGGCAGUUUAUGACAGUUGCACUCUAAAGCUUUGUGCUGAGUGAAACUAGACGUUUUGCUUUGUCCAGCCUUCAUUAGGACUCAUAUAUAU